GAAUAAAAAUGAAGGACGAGUCCGAUGAAAAUACGAAAAAAAAUCAUAGAUUGCAAGAGACAUUUGAGGAAGAUUUUGGAUAUCCUCUCUAUCCAGAGCGGAAAAAUCCAGAAUUGUACAAAGAAUACUCUGCACUAGGCUGGAGAUGUGUGAAAGUGAUAGAAAAGAGGGUCGUAAAAUGUUUUACACAUUGUCCAGAAUUACGGAUAUUACACCAAGCACUUAGGGAUCAUGGAUGUGAUUUCAACUUAAGAAGAAAUAUAUCAGUUGAGAAAUGUGAGAAAAAAGUCAGUGGGGGAUAUGAUCCAAACACAAACCAGAUUGUGCUGUGCUACAGCAACAUUCCCGUCUCGGCGACGUGUAAACUGCUGUUCCAUGAAAUGACGCACGCCUUUGAUGACUGUCGGGCCAAAGUAGACUUCACAAAGAUAGAGCACCUUGCUUGUACAGAGAUUCGUGCGGCGGCUUUUGCAGACUGUGGGGUACUAAGUGGUUUCCUUAACAACGCUGGCUUCGACAUUACAGACAAACAUAAGGAGUGUGUGAAGAAGCACGCCUUGAGGUCUAUUGUGACGGCACGGAACAUUACGGAGGAGAAGGGGAGACAAGUCAUAGACAGUGUGUUUGAUAAGUGUUACAAUGACGUCGCUCCAUUCGAGUCACAGAAACUCUCCGAGGGCGAUUACUAUAAUAAGUAUAUCCGAAUGACAAAGAAACCGGAGACACUUAUACCUAAGUUUAGAUUAUUUUAAUAAAUUAUUUUUGUAU